UUCAAAGUGAAAGGUACUUGAGUGGGAAAUGAAAGGGUUAAUACUUUUGAUUGUCUUGAUAGGAUGCGGCCUUGUCUGCGGCCUUGAAAGUGUUCGCUAUGAGAACUAUAAAGUCUAUCAAGUGAGAAUCGAUACCGCAAAUCAAUACAAAGUCCUGUCGAAUCAAGAAAAACAACUAAAGCUUAGCAGUUGGCGUGAAGCACGUCAGUUGGGUGAAUACUCAGACAUUAUGGUUCCACCAUCCAGUCAAGAGCAAUUUGAACAGUUGCUUAACAAUUUCAAGUUUGAAUAUACGCUGAAAAUUGCAAAUGUUCAAGAAAUUAUCGAUCAGCAGAUACCUAAGCAAAGAUCAAGCUCUAUGGACUGGACUCAAUAUCACACUCUAGAGGAAAUCUAUGACUGGUUAGAUGUAAUUGAGGCGAGGUAUCCUAAUAUUGUGACACCAUUCACAAUCGGUCAGUCGUAUGAAAAUCGCACAAUACGUGGCAUUAAAAUUUCAUACAAAGAGGGUAACCCGGCAGUAUUCAUUGAAUCGAAUAUCCAUGCUAGAGAAUGGAUCACAUCGGCAACCAUCACAUAUUUCAUCGAUGAGUUGCUAGUCCCACGAAGACCAGGUCUUAUUGAUAUAGCUAAUAAUAUUGAUUGGUAUAUCAUUCCUGUACUAAAUGUAGACGGGUUUUCAUAUUCCCAUGAAGCGGAACGAUUGUGGCGCAAAUCGCGUAUGCCCUCAGACCCAACGGGCGAAUGCAUUGGCACUGAUUUAAACCGUAACUUUGAUUAUCUAUGGAUGUUGACCGGGGCCAGUGAUGAUCCAUGUUCGGAAAUUUAUGCAGGACCUUCGGCCGAAUCUGAUCCAGAAAUAAGUCAAAUGACUGCUUACAUUGACAAUCACAUACCGGAUGGUAGUAUCAAAAUCUAUAUAUCCCUUCAUUCGUAUGGCCAAUAUGUGCUCUCGCCUUGGGGACACACCGAUCAAGAAUUUCCCGAGCAUUAUCCUCAAAUGAUGCAUGUGGCUGAAGGGUUCGCCAAUGCCCUAAUCAGACGAUACGGCACAGUUUUUACCUAUGGCUCUAGUGCCACAACCUUAUAUCAAGUGUCUGGAUCGGGCAAGGAAUGGGCGUAUGCCGUUAAGAACAUAACCAUACCCUACACCAUAGAACUACGUGAUAAGGGUCAGUUGGGUUUUCUUUUGCCACCAGAAGAUAUCCUACCAGUGGCUCGGGAGCUGACGGAUGGCUUUAUAGGCAUGAUAAAUGCUGCACGGGAAGCAAAUGUUUUGUAAGAUGUUGAAAAACUGAAAUAAAUCAAACUCCACCACCUUAA